AUGGCUCUACCUGGAGACUCCCUGAUCUGGGCGUUGGUGUCGACAUCAGUAGCGAUUAUAGCCCUGCUUCUGAGACUUGUCCAACGCUACCUAGCGCUCAGGCACAUCCCAGGACCACGACUCGCAGCCUGGUCAGAUCUCUGGCUGUUCAAGCAACGAUGCCAGUAUGGCCCUCUCGUUCGCUACGGACCCAAGCGAGUGCUCUUCAGCGACCCCACUUACAUCACUACGGUGUAUGGUACGACCAAGGUGUACGAUAAGGCUCCAUACUACAACGUACCUGUGGUCAAGAUCAAUGGCAAGCUGACGAGAUCUUUUGCCACCAUACGAGACGAGAAGCUCAUGACAGCCAUCAAACGCCAGAUCGCUUUCGCCUUCAGUACUACGUCUAUGAGAGACUUCGAGUCCCAUGUCGACUUGACCGUUGAGAACUUCAUGAGCAAGCUGAGGAGGAAGGAAGGUGUCGUCGACCUGGUUCCGAUGUUCGCCUUUUACGCCUUUGAUUCAAUAUGCCGACUGGCGUUCUCUGACGCUCUCGGUAAGCAAUCAGAAGCUGAGGCCGUUAUGAAAGGUGCCAAGGAAAGGUUCAAGUACUGGUUCAGAUGGGGCGCGCUUCCGGAGACUGAGGAACUGCUCUUCAAGAAUCGCUUCAUCAAGGGAGUCGGGACACCUAACGCCCUUGGUCAGCUGGCACAAGGCAGAUUUGCAGACCGACUCGAAAAGGGCGGCGCUGGCGUACAUCACGAUCUGCUGGAUCGUCUGUUCCAGGCACAGAAAGCGGACCCUUCGACUUUCAAUCCAGCGUUAAUGAUCGGAAUCUCGAUCUCGAUGAUUCAUGCGGGGUCUGAGACCACAGGACACACACUUGCCAAUGUGUUUUGGGAACUUCUGAAGAACCCACAGCACUACCAAAGAUUGGUGAGCGAGGUGCGAGGAGCGAGCUGGUCGUCGCCGCCCACACUGGCCGAAGCCAGGAGAUUCCCGUUCAUCGAAGCUUGCGUCAAAGAGGCGGGUCGAAUGCACAAUCUCUUCGCUGAUCCGCUUGAGCGCGUUGUUCCUGCUUCUGGGCUGCAGAUUGGUGACACCUUUCUCCCAGGCGGCACUAUCAUUGCUGCCAAUACUCGUGCCUUGUCGUUCAAUACAUCAAUCUUUGGCGCCGAUGCGCAUCAGUUCAAUCCAGAACGAUUCCUCAAUGCUUCACCGACGCAGCUUGCGACUAUGGAGCGGACCAACUUCCACUUCUCACAGGGCAAGCGGAACUGCAUUGGGAUGAACAUUGCCUGGAUGGAGAUGCUGAAGCUGAUCCCAGCUAUCGUUAAGGAGUUCGAUAUCGAGCUUGCGAAUCCGUAUGCUGUUCGAGAGGAGGACACCUGGGUCAUGAAUUACACCAGAGAUUUGCACGUCAAAUUGUCACCUCUGGACGGCAAGACUGGUUGA